AUGUCUGAUACCGAGCGCCCACCGGUACUCGACCAAGACCGCGUUGCCAACGACUUCCUCGCCCUUCUUCGUGGAGACUCCUAUCUUUCGUCGGGAAUAGCGGCCAUUCGAGUCCUCUACGAUAUACUGAACAACACAGAUGCCUCGACGACCUUCCAAGUAAUUGCUGAACUGGAGUCGGCGACCUCAGCCAUGGCCAACGCUGAGCAGGCCAGCCUGUGCGUCUUGACAGCGUGUGAAAUUUUUACCAGAUACGUCACGUUGACUCCCAGCGAAAUACUCGACAAUCGUGACUUCCGGGUUGUGCUCGGAUUCUACCGCAAUCGAGCGUACCAGUUCCUGCAACGGAGUGCAAAUUCGCCGAAUUUCAUCGCUCGAAUAGCAUGUGCUUUUAUGCCACGCGAUGGGACGGUGCUCGUGCAUUCCUACAGCAAGGUCGUCCUCCGAGUGCUCGCGACGGCCAAGAUGAGCAAUUCAAUCGGCUCGAAGUUCCGCGUGUUCGUCACCGAAUCGCGGCCCGACUUUAGCGGACGCCGGAUGUACGAAGAACUGGUCCGGCAUGGCUUUGACGCGACGCUAAUCCUCGAUGUAUCUGUAGGAUCGCUAAUGUCCAGCGUGGACGUCGUCCUGAUAGGAGCCGAGGGCGUGCUCGAGACUGGUGGCAUUAUCAAUAAGAUGGGCACUCUGAAUAUCACCGACAGCGCGAAAGUGAUGAAUAAGCCGGUGUACGUCGUUGCGGAAAGUAUCAAGUUCGUCAAGAAGGCCCCGAUGAGCAAACGAGAGAUCACACAUAUAGCCUUGUAUCCACAAAAGCCAAUAAAUAUGUCGCUCAACAUCACCGAGGCGCGGGAUGCUAGCGGAUUAUUCCGUCGGUUUGAGACCGACUACAAUAAUGACGAUAAACAGAAUCAUUAUCAACAGGUUGAUUAUUCUCCGCCCACCAAUAUAAAUCUGAUCAUCACCGACCUUGGCAUCUUUCCGCCCGAAGCUGUUGGCGGGGAGCUCGUAAAACUGUAUGCC